AUGGCAAAUAUCCCCAAUGAUAUUCUCUGUGGCAUUUUAUUACAACAACCUCUAAAAUCAUUAGUUCGACACAAGUUUGUUUGCAAUAAUUGGCAAAACUAUAUCACAGGCUCUGAUUUCGUCAAACUCCAUCAGAAAAUAUCUGUCGAAAACCCUGAAUCAAAUGCAUUACUAAUCUUUAUUUCUGAAGGUUCCCUUUACAUUGCCGGCGAUCUUACCAACUCAUACUCAUCUAUCCUUCGUCCAACUAAACUAGCCUUGCCUCCGGCGUUCGAAGGUGAUAAUACUACAAGGUUAGUCGGCUCGUGCAACGGCUUGGUAUGUUUAGGCAGUGGUAACUCCUUGAACAGUUAUGUCCUCUUUAACCCUACAAACCCACGUGCCUUCAAAAUUGUUCCCUUUGCACAGAACGUCCUAAGCACGAACAACACGGCGCGGUAUUACAGUUGCAAUGUCGUUGCUGGAUUUGGUUACGAUGAAAAAAGUGACGACGAUGACUACAAGAUUGUGUAUAUUUGGUGCUUGUUAUAUCAACACCAUAUUAUCAUGAUUGAUCGAGUUGAAGGAAUGAUAUAUAGCACGAAAUCGGGUUCAUGGAAACCCUUACACCCUCCAAACGUAGGAAAUCAAUGGACUUAUUUUGGCACCUUAAACAAUUCCUUGCAUUUUUUUACCGAGAAGAAAGAUGUCAUCUUUUGUUUUGAUCUACACGAUCAAGUAUGGAGCGAGAUACCCUUUCCUCAUAUCCAAGAUCAUUACACGGUUAAAGAUACGUGUAUUAUAGAGGGAUGUUUAAGUAUUUCAUUGGUUCGGGAUUGUGGUGAUGAACAAGAAUUAUGGGUGAUGAAAGAAUAUGGUGUUAAAGAAUCAUGGAUAGAGUUGUUCAAUCUGCCUGUUUUUGAGGGAACAUGUCGUAUACUGUUCUACUCGACAAUUAGGGCACAAGAGUUUUUGUUAUACACUGAUCGUUUUGGAUUAGUCUGGUACAAUAUCGAAACGGAGGAGAUUAAUUAUGGGGUUAAUAGGAUUGAGGGAAAUUUUGAUAUAUCUGAUAUGAAAAUGAUAAUUGGAAGUCUUGUUUCAAUUGGAAGUAAGAGGAAAGGUCUGGCCCGCGGAGGAGGAAGACGUCUGCAGGAUAACCUAACUGAAGCCGAGAAUGUUGAUGAAAACAUUGCAGCGGGGAACAAGAGUCUUUCGAGAAGGAAGAAGAAAGGAACAAGGAAAGGAAUAACACAAGUUUUACAAAUAUAA